AUGAAACAGGGAUCUAUAGCCAUUGCUACACUAUUGUAUUCUCCAGACUAUUUACCUGGUGUGUUUACUUUAAUCACACAACUAAAUAAAUUGUUAUCAGGAAAGAACACGCUUGCAAAAAUAGAAACAGUUCUCUUUGUGACGCCAGAAAUAUACAAUGAUGCUCUUACUGAUUUAUCAAGAAGUAUUUUACAGCAUUUGUUUACUCAAAUUAUUCAAAUUAAACCAUUGAGAAGUCAAAAUUCUGCUGAAGAGAAUAAUAGAUACAAUUUACAAUUGUUACAAAGACCGGAAUUAUCCUUUGCAUUAAUUAAGGCAAGAUUAUGGGAGCAUACAGAAUUUGCUCAGAUCUUGUAUUUGGAUGCAGACACAUUGCCUUUGAACGACACUUUAUUUGAUAUAUUUGAAUUGACUAGUGACCAAACUAGGCAUCAAGUUGGUGCUGCUCCAGAUAUUGGCUGGCCCGACCUGUUCAAUAGUGGUGUGAUGACGAUCGUUCCAGAUCAGGAGAUAGCGGAUAAUUUACAAGACUUCAUUUUGCAAGAAACAUCAAUCGACGGGGCUGAUCAAGGUAUUUUGAACCAAUUCUUCAAUCCUAACUGUGGCAUGACACAAAAUAAUUUUUGGCUUAGACUGCCUUUCCUAUAUAAUGUAACCACUCCGAAUGAUGGGUAUCAAUGUACUCCUGCUAUGGAAUACUUCAAGUACCAAAUCAAAUUGAUUCAUUUUAUUGGAAAGGCAAAGCCUUGGAAAGCUUGGACUAUGAAGGAUUUUGUUUCAAAUGAAUUCUCUAAUUUAUGGCAUGUAAUCUACGAUGAAUUUGCUGAAUCAAAUGAUAUUACUUACAGAUAUACAUCAAUUGAACCAGAGAGUAGCCAAUUUCAUCAAGAAGAAAAUAAUAAUGGAGAAUGGCACCAACAACAUGAAGAAAAAUAUGAUAAUGAAGAAGAAUCAUCUAAUUAUUCAGAUGUUUCUCAAAAUUAUGAUGAAGAAACAUGCAAUGAUGAAUAUCAAAAUUUGGAACUAUAUGUACGUCCUGAAGCUAUCGAGAAAAUGGAGGAAAAAAAAUAUGAACAAGAACAACAUCUAAGUGAAUUGGAAGAAAAGCCUCCAACCCCUGUACAAUUACCAUUGGAUUUCAAAGAAUGGCUUACCACUUUUAUUGAAAAAGAAAAUAUUCAGGAACCACCAUUAGAACAAGAAAUUGGCAUCGAAAAGUUAACAUUGGAUUCUGAACCAUAUCAUGACGAAAAACCGAUUAAUAAAGAACUGCACAAUAAAGAGUUGUCCUUGAUUGAAGAGGAUCAUGAAAAUAUAGAUUUCCAACAAGGGAAUAUUGUAGAUAUAAAAGACAAUUUUGAUUACAUAAAUAAGGAAGAUACAAAACACCAAGAUGAGGAGUCUUCUCUGCAAAAGGAGAGACUCCCUGAACAUCAAGAAGAGAUUAUAAAGACAGUUCCAAACUAUAAAUUUGAUUGGGAAAACACAAAUUACCUACAAAAGGUCGAAAGAGUGUUUCCAGAUGAUGUUUUUGCUUACGAAACAAAGGAGGUAAAUUCUUGUAAGCUCGAUAGUGAUCAGAAAAUCACUUCUGAUAUAGACGGCACAGAAGGUAAGUCAACUGUAGAGCAUUCUGUUGUGUUAAAUAAUGAAGCAGACCAUGUCGAAGAGGACUUCGAUGAUUAUGAGUAUGAAGAGGAAGAGGAGGAUUUAGAAGAAUCUGCAUUUGAAGCACAAAAAGCGAAUAAUGAAAAAGAAAUAGCAAAGUCUGUACGCGAAAAAUUGGAGGAACUUACAGCAAGUAUCGAUUUUGGAUUGCAGGAUUAUAUUGAUAUUGGUACUGUAAGUGACGAUGAAAAAGAACAAUCUAAAGAGUCCAAAAAAAGAGUUGUUUUUAGUCCAGGUGCCAUCCAUUAA